AUGGCUGCUGUUAACACUCAGGUAAAAGAUACAAUUGAAACUUCAAAAGAUUUGGAAGCUGGGGAAAGCGAAGGAGAAAGUGAACGGAAGAGAGAAAAUGAUACACAGAGUAGCCUAAAUUUUUUGAAGAACUACUUCAAGCUCGAAAGUUUUAAAAAGACUUUCAACCCAGUGAUUCAAAACAAUACUAUAACUCUCAGGAACUUUGUUGUCGCUGCUUCAACCUACGGUCUGGAAAGACUUUUGAACGCCGGAGUAUUCCACUGUCCUGACAAUGGCUAUCGACGGUAUGGAUUCGCGUUCCUAUUCGGCCCUGUUCUAAUCCUGUUCUGCAUAAACCUCUUGGUCAUCGGUGAGGUAUGGAAGCUGUCUUCCCGGAUGCACGUGAAACGCUACAGAAGACGUGGCGAUUUUAUCGCUGGGGUUUUACCAAGUAUCCUAAAAGCCUGUGUCGGACCGGCAGUGUGGUUGAUUGUCGCCUUUCUCGAAGAAGAUUUUUAUCUGUGUGCCACGAUUGGCCCCUCUCCACAGAAAGAGAUGAAGCAACACGAAAACGUCGUUUUGGACCGGAAGCGGAUGGUAGACGAGAGUAAGAGCCAAUCACAUUUAUGGGCAUGGGUCAUACUGAUCACGCUUGUUGCUAUCGGAACUGUAAUGAUAAUCUGGAAGCGUUGUUACCUUAAAGACAAUCUCCUCAUGGAAAGUAAGUUGCUUCUGUGUAAAAAAUUGACAAGCUCUAUUUCCAAGAAAACUGAUAUACUUCCUUUUCUUCUGCAGAUCUCUAUUGGUAUGAAAGAAGAGAGGCCCUGAGCGCGCAGAUGACGUUUAAAAAACGUAUGAACGGGGAGAAGGCGUUUGAAGAAGGGAUGAAAGGUCUUGGAAAAGACCCUGAUCUCGACGAAGUUCCGAGAGUGACUAAACACGGUAAAAAAGAUCAUGAAAAAGUUACUCUUUAUAAAGAUGGAAUUCCAGAAAAUAUAGGAAAGAAAAAAGUGGAGGAAAUGUUUGAAGGUAAGGAAAUAGUUAACUCUUAAACGAAGUGCUUUAAAUUGCUUUUUGGUGUGUUUUUUAUGAGGGACAUAACCGGCUAACUUGUCGUCAAGCUAUUUCGAGUGACAAGCAGGGAAAAUUAAAAUCUCUUGGUAUACCGUUUUCAGUUUGAUUUCUCUGAAGCUGAAAGAAGCAUUCACCCUUUUUACUUCAUUCAUUUUAAAGUUCUCUGGACACGCCUUGUUCUUAAACAAAAUCCUGUCACAGAGGCAAAAACAUUUGCAAAAACUGCUCAUGUCAGACGAACCAAAUUAUCUCUAAGUACAUCCUGGCCCAAAGGUGCCUCAAAAUGCUUUAAGAAUUUCUGACAAAGAAAUGUGUAAUGAAUGGUAAAACCUAUCUUUUUUUCGUUUGUUACCUGAGAAAUAGUAUUAAAAAAUGCUUAAAAUAAGUUCUUGAGUUGUGAUCAUUUUUUCUUUGACAAAUAAUGUGAUCCUCUUUCCAUCACAAAAUUACACAUACCGGUCAGAGCCACCUUAAUUCUUAUAAUGAUUCAGGUGGUUCUGACCCGUAUGUAAAGAGUUUAAUAGACGUUUGACAACCCAAAUAAUUCAUUUGAAAUUGGUGAGUAUUCGUUUCACGUGCCAAAAUUAAAUCAACAUGAGAAAACAAACCUAAGCGAUCCAAGACUCUUUAUGUGAAGGUUUUUCACCUAAGGAAUGGAAUGGCAAUUGCCUCGUCUUGCCUCAUGCUAACUACGGCCCUGGGUUCAUAAGUUGUGAUCAUUUUUUCUUUGACAAAUAAUGUGAUCCUCUUUUUAUCACAAAAUUACACAUACGGGUCAGAGCCACCUUAAUUCUUAUAAUGAUUCAGGUGGUUCUGACUCGUAUAUCAAGAGUUCUUUUAAAACUCCUAGAAAGUUGAAAUCGCGCCGCAAUAGGCUACAAAUGGUUUCACCGUUGCACAAACGUUUGUUGACAACUUGUCAUUUGUCACUUCUCUCAGGUUACAAAGUUGGCGAAAGCGGCGAUAAAUGGCACUACAUAUUGCCUUACGAUGUCUUUAGGAAAAAGUACCCUCGUAUUUCCACAGGAUGUCCUCGCGAUCCUUGGGUAGCGGUACAGGAAAAUGUUCUCGACUCAAGAACCCAGAAGAAAAGCCGUGGCUUGAAGUAUUUCUCGACCGAUUCCGCAGAAAAUUAA